AUGAUUAUAAUAAAGUUUUUAGGUACUGACGUUCCAUCCGAAUCGUUCAUUGCUCUGGACGACUUCAACAGCACAAAAGAGUUGGGAGAUUACUUGAAUUUCCUGCGCAACAAUGAUACUGCAUACCUGAAGUACUUUGGGUGGACCAAGCACUAUCGGCUACCAUCGUCCUAUAAGAGUGACGCCUUAUGUAAGCUUUGCGGUGAUAUCUACCGUGAAGAACGUCUCGUUGUUGAAAACAUAGUACAGUAUUACCUCAACGAUCAAUGCACAGGAGGCGGUUGA